UGUCGUUGCAUUUGUGGCAUCGUCUCGUGCAUGAAGCUUUUUAAAGCCUAUCGUGUCGCAUACAAGUAACGUCUUGAUGGUCCCAUCAUCUUUGCAGAUAAAGGUUUAAGGCAUUUACAUUAAUCCCAUAUAAACAGCAUGCAUCGUCGCUCCCCGUCGGCUGGCGCCCUGGUUGGGGACGUUGCGCCAGAGCUGCUCACACGGCUUCCACCACGUUCACCACUAUCUUCUGUGUCGGCGCCAGCUCCCGCAGCAGCUGCAAUACCCCCACGCGGCCCCGCGCUUCGUCUCUGACCUGCCAUGCGCUGCCACCAGUCGACCUGGCGUACUCUCAUGUACUCUCAAACAUCGUCACCUCCGUCUACGAGUCCAAUAUCACAGCAGAGCAGUGCUUCUCUACCUACGGCCAACUGCACACAGCUCCGCCUCUGCUUGGCAUCGCCCACCCCGCCGGACCAGGCCGCCAUGUCCACUCCAUCUCCCGCUCCUCAGCCGGCAGCUUUCCUGUCCAUGCUGCGAUGCAACCGCCCGCCGCCGCUGCUGCCGCCAGCCUCGGCAUCCACCACCACCUCGCACAGCCGCACCUGCUCAACGACAUCAGCGAUGUUGACUUCGGACUGGCGACCUGCCUGGCCACCCCCAUGGACCCCGGGAAGGGACUCCGAGCCCGCCUGGCGCCUCUGCCCGCCACCACAACUACCACCACCACUGCCGCCGCCAGGAAUGCUGCCUACAAGCUCACAUCCGCCAACGACGUGCUGCAGGAGGCCAGCCGCUACGGGGACUGGGUACGGCGCCAGGAGAGGCGGAGGAAGCUGGAGAAGAUGCAGAGGGUGCUUUCAGAGCUAGGUGCCCAUGCCUUACUCGGGAGGCUGCUGGACGACACGACGCUGCCAGACAUGGAUUCGGAUCCAUGCUGGGAUCCGGAUGCGGCGAAUCUAAGGACGCAGCGACAACGGCAGGCGCAGGAGCCGCAGGAGUUUCCGCACUCGGGCGGCUGCGGUGGGGAGGAUAAUGGUGGGAACGGAGCUGUGGCGCGUCCGCGUCCGCCACUGCCGCCGCCGCCGCAGCAGCAGCAGCAACAGCAGCUACUGGCGGGGCUACAGCCUGGCGGCGGCGAUGCGUUUGGGAUACGGCGCGGGUCGGGCCUUCAGGCGUUGGGAGCUAGCCGCGAUGCGCGCGAGCUGGACAGACUGUUCCGGGAUGAUAUGGCGUUGAAGAAUUGAAGCUUACGGAGCCCCCGUCUAUGCGGAGUUUUACUUGGAGAAGUUCUUUGCCUAUCUCGAGCCGCACCUGUAAAUAACCGUGUACAGUCAUCAAGAGCAAAUUUCUAGUGCUAGCUGUCGCAAGGGCAUGUCCUCCAAGAUUUUGGCGAAGGGUAUGUCAUCAUAAGUUCUUAGCCUCAGGAAGGAGUUGUGUGAGACAGAUUGUGUUGAGUGCAGCGCAAAUGGUCACAUGCAUCAAGAGCGUGUGACUUUUGGAGUGAACUAUCAGAUGACUUAGCUAUUGCAUCUUGCAUUAUAUUCUAUGAUUUAAUUCCUUUUUGCAUUUCGUUUAGCUUUCAUUCGGUUGUCUGUUGAACGAGCAUUUGAACCCCGGGUCGUUGCUCCCGUGUCCUCGACAUUUUCCAUUUGGUCUGUGGGUCUCCUUCUACCUCUACUUUGGUGUAAAACAUAUCGAAGCUUGUAAAUGUAUGAUUACGGA